GAUCGUCACUCUCUCGCCAGGUCGCUCAUUCGCUGGCCCAGUUUGUUGUCGUGCUGUUUGUCGUUCCCUCGUCUUAUUUUUUGUCGUCUAUUUUAUUUUCGUAGUAUCUCGCAUAUAUUUAGUAAAUAUUUUGUUGUUGUUAUUUAUAGUUCGGACUUGGUUGGCGUGGUGCGUGUUGUAUUUUUGUUAUUUUUUUUUUUAAGUUUUUUACUUGAGUGUUUAAUUUUUAAUGGCAGCCAAAGAUCGCCUGCCUAUAUUUCCCUCACGUGGUGCCCAAACGUUGAUGAAAUCGCGUUUGGCUGGGGCCACCAAGGGACAUGGCUUGUUGAAAAAGAAAGCAGAUGCUCUGCAGAUGCGUUUUCGCCUGAUUCUGGGCAAGAUCAUAGAGACCAAAACCCUAAUGGGUCAGGUGAUGAAGGAGGCUGCCUUCUCGUUGGCCGAGGUCAAGUUCACCACUGGCGACAUUAACCAGAUAGUGCUGCAGAAUGUGACAAAGGCGCAGAUCAAGAUCAGGACCAAAAAGGACAAUGUGGCCGGGGUCACGUUGCCCGUGUUUGAGCCGUAUACGGAUGGUGUGGACACCUACGAGUUGGCCGGCCUGGCACGCGGUGGUCAGCAGCUGGCCAAGCUCAAGAAGAACUACCAGUGCGCCGUGCGCCUCCUCGUCGAACUGGCCUCGUUGCAGACCUCCUUUGUGACCCUCGACGAUGUGAUCAAGGUCACCAACCGGCGAGUCAAUGCCAUUGAGCACGUGAUCAUACCCCGCAUCAACCGAACCAUAGAGUACAUCAUCAGCGAGCUGGACGAACUGGAGCGUGAGGAGUUCUAUCGGCUGAAGAAGAUCCAGGAUAAGAAACGCGAGGCUCGUAAGGCAUCCGAUAAAAAACGUGAGGAGCAGCGGCGUUUGGGCCAAGUGACCGAGACCAAGGAGGCGCAAAACAUCCUCGAUGAGGACGGCGACGAGGACCUGCUCUUCUAGACCGAUUCCACUUCCAAAGUACCCCAUUUACCUGACCACCAAACAUCACCCAAUUCAACUCUGCUACCUCACCACCACCACCACCACUACCGCCCAUUAGAAGACCACCUCUUGUUUUUGUUGUCGUUGUUCAUUGUGAUCCGGAUGUUGUACCGCUUGUCGUUCUUGGAAAUACAAUCCGUAAUCGUAA